UCGGCUGUCUGCGCUGCGGAGAGGGGUGUGAGGAGGCUCAGCUCUGCUGUACACGUGAUAACAAUAGAUACGGCGCUGACAUUGUUCUCUGCGCAGUGGAAUACGACAGGCAGACGUAUACCUGUGCAAGCUCCGUCAGUGCGUAUGUGUGCCACCAUAAUAACGAUGAGGUUGUCACCGCGGGCGGCUGCUCCAGUUCCAGAAAUCAUCUGCAGUCACUGCAGCGGAGUGUGCGACAACAAAGUCAAGGAAUUGGGUAUCCGAAUCCCUCGCCCUGUAGGUCAAGGGCCUAGCAGAUUCAUCCCCGAGGAAGAGAUUCUACAAGCUGGGAUGGAGGAUGCAAAUAUGCACACAGUGUUUGCUGAUGCUUUUGCAGAUAUGGGUCGCCUGGAUAAUAUCACCCUGGUGAUGGUUUUCCACCCGCAGUAUUUAGAAAGCUUUCUGAAAACACAGCAUUACCUGUUGCAGAUGGAUGGCCCUUUACCUGCCUGUUAUCAGCACUACAUAGGGAUUAUGGCCGCGGCCAGGCAUCAGUGUUCUUAUCUUGUUAAUCUACACGUCAAUGACUUUAUUCAGAGUGGAGGAGACCAGAAGUGGUUGAAUGGUCUUGAAAAUGCUCCACUGAAGCUCCGUAAUCUAGGAGAGCUGAACAAGCUGCUGGCACACAGACCUUGGCUGAUCACAAAAGAACACAUUGAGCAACUGCUCAAAACUGGAGAGCAUAGCUGGUCUUUGGCAGAGUUGAUCCACGCAGUCGUUCUUCUUGCUCACUACCACUCAUUGGCCUCCUUCACAUUUGGCUGUGGCAUAAGUCCUGAAAUCCAUAGUAAUGGUGGGCACACUUUCCGUCCCCCAUCUGUCAGUAACUACUGCAUUUGUGAUAUAAGAAAUGGCAACCAUGGAGGGAAUGAGAGUCGCCAGAGAGCAGGAAGCUUGAGCUCUGAUUCUUCUUGUGAAGUUGAAGUUCUGAUGGAGAAAAUGAAACAGCUUCAAGAAUGUAGAGAUGAAGAAGAAGCGAGUCAGGAAGAAAUGGCUACACGCUUUGAAAAGGAGAAGACUGAGAGCAUGCUCACUUUUGCUCCAGAAGAUGAAGAUCCCCCUCCAGUUAAAGAGGUCUCAAAACAUUUUGAAGACACAAGUUAUGGCUACAAAGACUUCUCUCGCCGCGGGAUGCAUGUUCCCACAUUCCGAGUACAGGAUUUCAGCUGGGAAGACCAUGGCUACUCCUUAGUUAAUCGGCUUUAUCCAGACGUUGGGCAGCUACUAGAUGAGAAGUUUCACAUUGCAUAUAACCUUACUUAUAACACCAUGGCAAUGCACAGUGAUGUAGAUACCUCAACACUACGGCGGGCCAUAUGGAACUAUGUGCAUUGUAUGUUUGGAAUAAGGUAUGAUGAUUAUGACUAUGGAGAAAUAAACCAGUUACUGGACCGCAGCUUUAAAGUUUACAUAAAAAAUGUGGUGUGCAGUCCAGAGAAGACAACCAAAAGAAUGUAUGACAGCUUCUGGAGGCAGUUCAAGCAUUCUGAAAAGGUCCAUGUUAAUUUGCUUCUUAUGGAAGCAAGGAUGCAAGCUGAACUCCUUUAUGCUCUGAGAGCAAUCACUUGGUAUAUGACCUGACUUCUGUCUUGAAUGACCCACAGUGAAUGUUCCACAGGGAAAUCUGUCUGGACUGCCGACUUCCCUUGCCUUUUUUGGUAGCUACCUUUUUUCAGAAGUCCAUUGUGCCAUAUUUCCCAUCAUUUCAGCUAGUUGGUUUCCAGUGGGCUGACAGUUGAAUGUUGUGAAAGACAUGUCGCCUUGCAAACCUGCAACUCGUGAACACACACAACACUGCCUGGUUCCGUACCAGACCUGUGUGUUUUUGCAGUGAUGGACUCUUUGGAAGUAUUGUGGAUGGACUGGGAAACAUGUGCUUAGUUUCCCACUAGGACUACAGUGGUGCUGCUCUCCUGGUGACAAGAUGCGGACGUUCCCAUUAAGCUAAAUAAACACAUAUGGAUACUGCUACAACCUGAGCCUUGUUAUAACAUACAGAAAGUGUGCAUUCCCAUACACUUGUGCAUGUCUUCUCACCAUAUACAGCAAUUCUCAAACCUCCAACCAUAACUUGCAGAUUUACAGCUAGAUCACUGGCUGCGUAUAUUGCUGUACAAAAAGCUGUGAGAUAUUACAUUUGAAUUUUGUCUUCCUUUAAAGUGUGUGUGUGUAUAUACAUAUUUCUCUUCACGC